AUGUCUGUCUUCCGCAGUGUCUUCCGCACAACCGCAGCCACCAUGCGCCCGCUGCACACAACAACACGCAUGCAGAUGGCCUACAAGCACGACCAGGACCGCGAGUCUCUCCGACCGGUCGCUAACGAGAACUCAAAGUCCGGCACGGACGAGGCCAUGUCGGGCGAGCACGCCGACAUUGCCUUUGACCCCAACACGACGCGGCCCGAGGAUGCGGCCGAGCAGACCAGGAAGAAGACCGAGUCCAAGGGUCGUGAGGGAGAGGAUGCUCUGCACGCGAGUGGUGCGAACCAGGAAAUCAGCAAACCUAUGGGUGACGAGAAGACUAUCAAGACCAAGGGCGCUGGAAAGGAGAUCUCGAAGGGAGGAUCCAGCGGGAGUGGAAGUGCACCGAAGGAUGGAAGUCUUCCCAAGGCCAAGUAG